AUGAAUCAUCAAGAAGAAAAGGAAGAAUUGAUAAUUUUGAAAUUUGGAGGUGCCUAUCUUACAGAUAAAUCAAAACAUCAAACGUUUAAUCAAAGUAAUUUAGACUCUUUUGUUGAAAUUGUCAAAUACCUAAAGUUACAACAACACUUUAAAAUCAUCAUUAUCUCUGGUGCUGGUAGUUUUGGUCAUUUUGAAGCAAAACAAUAUAAAAUUACAAGUGGAUUUAAUCAAAAGGAAAAUGAGUCUGAUGUUGGAAUGUGUAAAACAAGAGCAAGUGUACUACAAUUACUAAUGACCCUGACAAGUAGAUUAAAUGAUGUAUCUAUCAAUGCCAUUCCAGUAUCUCCCUUUGAUAGUUGGCUCACUGAAAAUGACACCGUCAUUCAAGAUAAUAGUGAACAUAUUAAACGUCUACUCGCCAUGAAUUUGGUUCCUGUUUUACAUGGUGAUGUUUGUCUUGAUACUAUUAAAGGUUGUACUAUUUUAAGUGGUGAUUCAGCAAUAUUUAUAACAGAUGUUGAAGGUGUUUAUAGUUUACCUCCAUCUGAUCCAUCAGCCAAACUAUUAAACUUUAUUCAUUUAAAUGAUAAUGGUGAUAUUUUAAAUGGAGGAGGAGACAAAAAAGAUGAACUACAACAACAAUCCUCCUCCUCCUCCUCAUCCUCUACACAAUUUGCAGUAAAAAAGGGUACAUGUGAUGUAACCGGAGGAAUGAAAGCAAAGAUUGAUUCCGCCAAAAAUAUUGCAUCUCUCUAUUCAGUGGAUACAUUGAUCAUUGGUGGCACGUCUACUGAAAUCACAGAAUCCCCCAAUUUAAUUAAUAAUGUAAUCUAUCCAAAAAGAGGUACUAUAUUAUCAAAACAAUCAAUAAAUUAA